UUUUUUUUUCUUUUAUUUUCCCAAAUGCUCUAGAAAGAAAUCAAUAUUAAAGAUGUCACCACUUUGCAUGUUGUUUUCAAUAACAUUUUCCUGAAUUGAUGUGUCGUUUUAGUCACGGUGAAUUUCGUGGCUAUGUCUGCAGAACCUCCAUCCACUUCGGUGGCCGUCGCAGAUGGACAAUCCAAGGGUGCCAGAAAACCCAAAUAUUCUAGAUUCUCACAGCAAGAACUGCAUGCCUGGCAGCCAAUUCUAACACCUAGUUGGGCCAUUUCAAUAUUUACGGUUAUAGGACUCAUCUUCAUUCCGGUUGGUCUUGCUUCACUGUUUGCAUCUGAGAGUGUGGUGGAAGUUCCAUUCCGAUAUGAUGAAGAAUGUCUUCCACCCAAUCACAAAAAUGACGCAGUGGCAUACAUUAAAGAUGAUACGGCAAACAAAACUUGCAAUAAGAAAUUGACAGUUAAGAGUAAAAUGACGGCCCCUGUUUAUGUCUAUUAUCAGCUUGAUAAUUUUUACCAAAACCAUCGCCGAUACGUUAAAAGUAGAGAUGACAAACAACUAAGGAAUAAAGCAUCUGAGAAUGAUGUUGGCAAGUGUAGUCCCGAAGAUUAUACACCAAAUGAAAUGGGUCAUAAACCAAUUGUUCCUUGUGGCCUUAUUGCUUGGAGUAUGUUUAAUGACACGUACAAACUUUCAAGCAACAAUAAGGAAUUGGUGAUUAACAAAAAGAAUAUAGCAUGGAAGAGUGACCAAGAUGGGAAAUUCGGGUCUGAUGUUUAUCCAAAGAAUUUUCAAGCUGGAGGUUUGAGAGGGGGUGCUAAACUUAAUGAGAGCAUACCUCUGAGUGAGCAAGAGGAUCUGAUUGUUUGGAUGAGAACAGCAGCACUACCUACUUUCAGAAAACUAUAUGGAAAGAUUGAGACUGACAUAGACGAUAAUGCAGAAGUGAUGCUUGUAAUAGAGAACAAUUAUAAUACAUACGAGUUUGGAGCCAGAAAGAGCAUAGUUCUUUCAACCACGGCUUGGGUUGGUGGAAGAAACCACUUCUUGGGGAUGGCAUAUAUUCUCAUUGGUGGGAUUUCCUUGUUACUGGCUGUGGGUUUCCUACUUCUAUAUGUGAUGCAACCAAGACCUCUCGGAGAUCCAUCAUACUUGUCUUGGAACAGAAAUCCUGGAUGUCUAAGAUGAUUGGCUUUUACCAUUUGAGUUGUUUAACAAUUCAUUACUUCUCAUAUCUCAAUAAAGGAUUUGUCACAAGGCCUUCUACUUUGGAAUCAGUUUGUCAACAAAUUUACUUUUGAUACUGUCGUAGAAUUUCCUCGCUAUUAAUAUUAUAUGGGACAGAGACAAGUAUAUCAUUUUGAGUACUUGGACCUUAUCUGUAUACUGUUUUAAUGUUUCCUCAAGAUUUGUUUAUCUCUUGUAAUUA